AUGACACAAGUAAACUAUGUAACAGUUCCUGUUUCAAAGGAGAACAAGGCCGAGACAUUUACAGUCAACGCAAGAUAUCGCAUCAUUCGUAAAGUGGGAUCUGGCGCAUAUGGCUCGGUGUGUUCUGCGUUUGAUCUGCAACACCAGCAAUACUGUGCCAUCAAGAAAGUAUACAGAGUCUUUGACAAGAAGCUGUUGACCAAACGAUGCCUCCGUGAGAUGAAAUUGCUACGUCUAUUCAACAACCAUCCUCGAAUCAUUCAACUGUUCAACAUGGACAUGCUGGAGGGCUCUGAAGAAAUCUACCUGAUCUUUGGUUGCAUGGAUGCCAGCUUGCACGAUGUGAUCCAUUCAAAGCAGCCCUUGGAUAUUGUGCAUUCUCAAUGGUUUCUGUUUCAAUUACUCUCUGGUUUAAAGUAUAUACACAGCGCCAAUGUGAUUCACCGGGAUUUGAAGCCAGCCAACAUUCUGGUCAAUAAGGAUUGCGACCUUCGUAUUUGCGACUUUGGUAUGGCCCGAAGCUUUGAUCAAGCAGACACUACAUCUUGUUUGACGGAAUAUGUCACGACUAGAUGGUAUCGUUCUCCUGAAAUUAUGGUGAGCAGCCAAAAUUACAGCAAAGCAAUCGAUAUCUGGUCUGUUGGUUGCAUUUUUGGCGAAAUUCUAGGUAGAAAAGUUCUAUUUCAAGGCAGGGAUCAUGUAGAUCAAUUGCACAAGAUUCUUGGCAUCAUGGGCCUGCCCAAAGACAUUUCGUUUUGGGAUCUCACGGAAAAUGUAUCCGCACACCUGCAAACAAUUUGUACUGCAGAUGGAUUACCGCUCCCUACAGAACCUGUCAACUUUGCAACACUAUUUCCCACAGCACCGCCUGAAGCCAUUGACGUGUUGAAGGAUCUGCUGAAUCUGAAUCCAACAAAGCGACUGACCGUGGAAGAAGCCCUGAGAUGUGCAUUUAUCCAGCCGUUUUCUGAUCCCAUCGAAGAGUCCUUAAUGCCACCUGCAACACAGCCAUAUCAAUACAGUUUUGAGAAUUGCAAUGACGAAGCUGAUUUAAAACAUAUGGUGAUACAUGAAAUUGAAUCCUUUAAACACCAGCAAGAAGAAUUAGAGCUGGACAUGGAAAAAAGGCAAAAAGCAAUGCAUUUCUCUGCUUCGGAGAUCUCGCCCGUGCCAAGACGGUACCAUACCAUGGCCGGAGACGCCGAAUCCUUUUGUACAACACCUACUCAAAAGCUAGAUCAUCUUCCUUCUGCUACAAUGAGCUUAUUCGAACAACAUACGCCCUAUGUCACAUCGACUGCCGCUACUGACUCCAACAUGGAUACGGUCGUGUACACACAGGAUCCGCUGGUGGGCGAGCCUGAGGAAUUGAGCGAAGAUGACAACUAUUCUUACCUAUGUGAACUCAUAAAGACUACACCUGGUGUUUGUGUAGAGGAUCCCGACCGUCAAAUCAGAGAACCACCUCAUGGAACCGCCCGCCAAACAUUAGAGCGCGCUCUCAGUGGAUCUUGGAAGUAG